AUGCCGAAGGAUCCGAUUUACAAGGGUCUAGGGGAUGUUCUAGGAGGAAUUCCUCUAGAUUCCAUCCAGCCAAGAGAUGGCAUUACCACGAAGGUCGAUCUAGCAACAUUAACAUCCUACAAUCUACUUCCAAAACAGCGGAAAACAAUCGUCGUUCCUGGCUCACCCUCCAUAUGGAGGCCACCGAAUACACCAAGGAAGGUGAAGGCAGAUGCGGGGAAAUACCAGAUGGAUCCGAAUCGACAUGUAUUUCCCAAAUGUUCUCUCGAGCCACUGUUCAGAGCAUUAUCGCUCACACAGCCGAACAUGAAACUGAAUGACAUCGAUCUUGUGACGGACCGACGCAACCUCCGUCUUUUGCUGGGCUUCGUGUCCACCCGGCAACCAAAGGCAGUCAGGAAUAGCUUGACACAUAAUCGAAUUAUUCGCUACAUGUUCGGGGAUGUCAAGAUUAUUAUGCGAUACGAAGUUGACGGUUGUACCGGAUCUGACAAGGACAUUCGCACGGCAAUGCCUAUAUCAGAGGUCCAAAGGACUCCAACAGGCUAUACAGUAUUGAAGUGCGGGCAGUUGGUCUCCCCAUCUCGAAUAAUCGAAAUCAAAACUGGAGCAGCCGGGAAAAACCUGGUUAUCUCUAAGAACACAGAACAGCUUUGGUUUUCCCAGACACCCUUUCUCUGCGCUGGUCAUUACGAUGAGGUUGGGAAUUUUACAAGCAUUACGAAAAAGAACCACUUGAAGUUGGGAACACUUCAGAAAUGGGAGAAUAGCCAUCAAGAACAGCUAAAGAAACUUGCAACAUUGCUUCGAGUAAUCGUUGAAUUGGCAAAAGCAGCAGCUUGGAAGAAAUUCGCAUUGGUUUCAUCAGAAAACACAUUGAAAGUUUUUGGUUUGACAAAUCAGAAUGAUAAAGGACUACCUGUUGACUUGCACUCUAUGUGGGAGUAG